CUGAAUGGAUGAGAAGGCAGCAUGCAAGUUUGCCUCAUAAAUUUCGCAACUCGCCAACAAACCACACAAACAAACCAACAAAACGGCAACAACACAUUCAAUAGUCAGUCAAAGCGAAUUCAUCGUAAGACUGAACAUAGCAAGCAUUGAAUUGACCAUGACGGACUCUACUACUAGUACUAGCAACAGCAGCAACAACCCUCAGUCUCUGUUCAAGACUGUCACUCAGCCGCAGCACUCCUGCUUGUGCGACUCGAAAGCAGCGCAUUUUCUGCGACACGAAGUGAAGAACGGCGUCUUGGCGGCCAUGGGCAUCUUGGAGUCUCUAUUGCUGGAAGAGCAGACAGACCAACAACACCACUUGACCGACCUUAGCAACACUCUCAACGCGCUUCUUAGUCGCACAGUCGACUGCGCCAUGACACUCGAAGUCGUGCACGGAGACUACGGACCCUCGUUCGAGUCGGUCCGUCUGCCGCACCUGCUAGCUAACUCGAAUGACGAACAAGACACGGCUCGAUUCCCCGUACUUACCCCUACAUGUACUACCACUGACGACUUUCCCGCUCUGAUGCUCGACCCCACUCUCCUGCGAACCAUUCACGGAAACGCCGUCUCCAAUGCCUGCAAGUUUGGAAAGCCAGCCGGACUGGUAGAGACUCGACUUAGCUACGAUUCCAAGAACCAGACACUCACCAUGCAAGUACAGAAUGAACCCGGACCAGGACACCAAGAACUACUCAAGACCAUGAACACUCCGCAGCAGCAAGCCAAGAUCUUUCAAGAACAAGCCAAGCUUCCUUGCAAUAAUAACACUGAUAAUGCCAGUGAACAAGUCAAGCAAGGAGAAGGCAAUGGCGCUUGGAUUCUACAGAGUUGUGCCCGGGCCAUGGGUGGUCACGCCUCCAUCUCCUUUGAACCUAACCGUACCCUGCUCACUUUUGAAUGUCCCGCGCUAGUUGCACCGUCCUUCAAGAACUACGCACGCCAGGACAGUCCCUCUCUCGCGGUUCCCAUGGACAUUAGUUUGCCCGUACAACAGCCACAAGUCAUGCAAGCUCAACAAGACGAACAAAACGAAGACCAAGAAGAAGAAGCAUUUGAGAUCCCCGAGAACACAUGGUGCAUUGUCGUCGAAGACUCGGCCGUACAACGCAAGAUGCUGCAACGAUACCUGGCAAGAGCCGGCGUCAAACCCGAACGAUGCCUCUUGCUAGGACAAACACCAGACGAAAUCUUUGACUUCAUUGACCGCACCACACAACUCAUGCGAGAACACAAGAACGAUAACUUUCUCAUUAUCAUGGAUGAAAACUUGGAUAUCGUCGAAGGUGGGACCGUCUCCAAGACAAUCUCGGGAUCCUGCAGUGUCCAAAAGCUACGAGAAUCACUCGAGCCCCGUGACGAGUCGCGUCUCCUUUCCUUGAUUCGAAGUGCCAACGAUUCGCUCCAUGAACAACGGCUCUACCAAGAACGCGCUCACGGAUUCAUUUCCAAGGGACCCAUCAAACAGGGAAACUUGUUGGAUGUCAUCAAGCCGUGGUGGAAGAGACGCUUUGCGGCUACUACCGCCAAGCCAGCACCAGCACCCGCACCAGCCGUCACUCUUCCAGCUUCCGAACCUCCCAAGAAAAAGUACAAGUUGUACGCAUCCAGCUCGGCUUCUUCCAUGACAUCGCUCCUCUCCGUCCUUAAUUCCAACUCCCCACUCGAUCGUCAAGUAUUGCGCCGCAGCAAGACCAACACGGACGCUUCCUUUUGUCCCUACAGGUACCACUCCAUGGGCAGAGCCAACACUAAACGACGCAGCGACGGGCUCAUGCGACAUUCCAACAGCAGCCCAACCAUCAGGACUGUACCAAUGGGGCUCGUAACAGUACUUCAGUCAGAACAACAGGCAACCAACAACAGACUUUGCAACUACUUUUUUGCAAAACGAGGGUGGAACCCAACACCGUCCAUGGGCUGCAUGGAUUCCAAAUGCUAGAAAAUGUACAAACAAAACACUAUAACUUUUAGAACACACCCAAACUGUAAAUACAUGGAAACAAUCUUUCAUAUUCAGUCUAAUGCAAUUUAGAUUUAGUGUGGCUUUGGUGCUUCAGAGUAA